ACCCAAUCAAUUCAUCCAUCACACAAACAAGCAACAAAACAAAGAGAGAAGAAAGUAUGGUUCUACUAGACAAGCUUUGGGACGAUGUAGUGGCCGGACCAACGCCCGAUCGCGGCCUAGGAAAGCUAAGGAAGAUCGUGACAGCCAAACCUUUGGAAAUCAAAGAUGUGGAGAUAGGAGAAAGUAGCAGCAAGUAUCAGAGAUCGUUAUCGCUACCUCUUACUCCUGGAACGCCGGGAACGCCAUCUCCGACGGGCGUUAGGAAGGAGAAUGUUUGGAGAAGCGUUUUUCAUCCUGGAAGUAAUCUUGCUACUAGAGGAAUCGGUGCUAAUGUCUUUGAUAAACCUCUUCAUCCAAAUUCUCCCACUGUUUAUGACUGGCUUUACAGUGGGGAAACAAGGAGCAAGCACCACCGUUAAGACUUAUCUUUAUGGUUUAAUUUGGCCUUGGCAUGUAAAUAUUAUGUUUUGUUAUGUGUAUUAGUAAUUAAUUAAGCAAGAAGAAACCCACCCCAUAUAUGUAUAACUUCUAGUAGAGAUUGAUGGUCAUGAGGUUUUAGGGUUCAUCUUUUGAAUUUUAAGUUGUUUGUGUGACUCUGUUUGUGUGAUGAUGAUCUUUAAUUUUGAGGUUAUGAUGAUGGUAAUAAUAAUAUGAUGUUAUGGGUGGGGUUAGUAUUU